GUUUAGGAAGCUGGAAAACAGGAUUUGCUGGGCAAGCUGACUGGGAACGAUACAAGGAUGGCUUUUGGAGGUUGCUCUUAGGUGAUUUUCAUCAUUGGAGGCCUUGCAUUACACAGAAGUUUGUAUCGGGGAUCUCCCAUCAGAAAACAUCUUCAGAAGAAGCCUUCAGACUUCACCUUCAGAAGGGCAGAUUUCCCCUUUGGAGAUCACAUCAUCCUCCUUCCUGUGAAAAUAACAUGAACCAGAAGGUGUUAGUUUUCCUUCUCCCAAAUUUUAUUUUUGGGAUAUUUCUUUUUGGGUUUUUCUGUAAGAGGCAAAAAACCCUAACAGGUGCUUUUCCUGAUCCCACUGAAGAUUGGCUGGCAAUUCAAAAUGAUCGCAAAAGCACACUGGCUUCCGUCUGCCUGAAGAACAACCUUCUUAAAUUAAGAAGCAAAUCGGAUUCUCGUGUUGCAAGCCAGCUCUUUGUGGAGCACAAACAUAAGUUUAUCUACUGUGAGGUGCCCAAGGUAGGCUGCUCCAACUGGAAGAGAACUAUUUUUCUUCUCCAAGCAGACUUGAAUGCAGAAGCUUCUGAAAUUGAGCAUGACCACAUCCACCAAACCUCACUGAUCAAAAAGCUGGUGACUUACCCUCCUGCCAUACAAAAGGGAUUUCUGAACAAUUACACCAAAGUGAUGUUCACCAGACAUCCAUUGGAACGGCUGGUUUCAGCUUACAGAGACAAACUUCUGCACUCUGAGCCAUUCUACAGUAUCACUGUCGCUAAUGAGAUUAGGGCAAUGUUCAGGAAAAACAAAAAUUCUUCCGAAAAAGUGAGUUUCCAGGAGUUUGUCAACUUCGUUAUAGCAAAAUCACCAAAUACUCUUGACAUUCAUUGGAAACCAAUGUUUCUGCUCUGUGAUCCUUGCAACAUUCACUAUGAUAUUCUGGGUAAGUAUGAAACUCUUGGGUUAGAUUCUGAGCAUGUUCUGAAGAUCAUUGGAGCACCAGAGAGCCUGCACUACCCCAGCUUGAAGAGGUAUGGCUCAGAGAAACGAACUAACGGUGAUAUCACCUUGGAGUAUCUCAGACAAUUGAGCUCAGAACAAAUUGAGAAGAUCAAAAAAUUGUAUCAAAUGGAUUUUUUCUUGUUCAACUAUACUAUGAAAUAUGAAGAUUUUUCCCUGAAUUGACUAAUGUAGGUUAAACAAAGAACAGUUUCCUUUAUACAAAAUGAGCUGAACUUGUCCUCACAGGUGCUUGAUACGUGAGUUGGUGACUGCUGCUGAGAUUUUACUGCUGUUUGGAGACAUGAUUUAUCAUCCUAAGUACUCUUACAACAAAUCCCUGCCAUGAUCUGUUGUCCUGUACAGUACCUAUAUGGAAUGAUUGUCUUCCUGUUGAUCAUUAA